UACCACAAAGUCAGAGAUUCCAUCCACCUCCUCAGUUUCUCCUCUAUAUAUGUGUUACCUAUCCAAUAGUAGUGCUCCUAAUUACCACUAAACAUAGACCCUAAUUACAUACCAACUCGUCCUCCUCAUCGAUCUCAUUCAACUGUUACCAACUGAAAGUUCCUUCUCAGUGGUAGCUGAUUAAAAGAAGAAUAUCGAUCUCUUGUUUCCGGAUCCAAACAGAUUCAUGGGCAGCAUUCAGAACCAAGAAUCCCACCAUGGAAGCUCCGCAGGAACCAUUAGACCUCUGGACCCCGAAGAAUUCAGAAGGCAAGGCCAUUUAGUCAUAGACUUUCUUGCUGACUAUUACAACAAUGUCGAAAAAUAUCCUGUCCGUAGCCAAGUCGAACCGGGCUAUCUCAAGAAACGGAUGCCCGAAUCCGCUCCAUAUGACCCGGAACCCAUUGAAGAAAUCCUUCGUGAUGUUCAGAAGGAUAUUGUUCCGGGCAUUACACAUUGGCAGAGCCCCAGCUAUUUUGCUUACUUCCCGGCCAGCGGAAGCAUUGCUGGAUUUCUUGGAGAAAUUCUUGGAAUUGGCUUCAACAUUGUUGGAUUCAACUGGAUGUCGUCCCCCGCCGCCACCGAGCUCGAGAGCAUCGUCAUGGAUUGGCUCGGGAAAAUGCUUAAGCUUCCUGCCAAGUUCUUGUUCUCCGGCGGCGGUGGUGGCGUUUUGCAGGGCACCACCUGUGAGGCCAUACUGUGCACGGUGGUCGCCGCCAGGGAUCAGAUGCUCAAGAAGAUUGGCAGAGAAAACAUCAACAAAUUAGUCGUCUACGGAUCGGAUCAAACCCACUCCGCAUUGCAGAAGGCAGCUCAGAUUGCGGGAAUCAACCCCAAUAAUUUCCGCGCAAUCGCAACCACAAAAGAUAAUGCAUUUGGAUUAACAGCAGAGGCUUUCCGGGCUGCAGUUGAGUCAGAUAUUGAAUCCGGACUGGUGCCACUAUUCCUAUGCGCCACCAUUGGAACGACGUCAUCCACCGCCGUGGAUCCACUCGCGCCGCUGUGUGAGGUGGCGCAGGAGUACGGAAUCUGGGUGCACGUCGACGCGGCGUACGCGGGGAGCGUUUGCAUUUGUCCGGAGUAUCGUCAUUACCUGGACGGAAUAGAGAACGCGAACUCGUUCAGCUUGAACGCACACAAAUGGUUCUUAACAACUCUGGAUUGCUGCUGUCUGUGGGUGAAAGACCCGAGCGCGCUGGUGAAAACUCUGUCAACAUAUCCAGAAUAUCUGAGAAACAAAGCCUCCGAAACGAAGCAGGUGGUGGACUACAAAGACUGGCAAAUCACUCUCAGCCGCCGCUUCCGCUCGCUCAAACUCUGGUUGGUCCUCCGUAGCUACGGUAUCGCCAACUUGAGGAAAUUCCUGCGCAGCCACGUGAAAAUGGCUCAGGACUUCGAAGGGCUGAUAGAAAUGGACAAGCGGUUCCAAGUGGUGGUGCCGAGAAAAUUCGCCACCGUGUGCUUCCGCAUGUCGCCGUCGGAGAUCGGCGGAAACCACGAGAGUGUGACCAGGGAGGAAGCAGCAAAUAAUUUCAACGCCAAACUGCUGGAGUCGAUAAACGAAUCGGGUAAGAUUUACAUGACCCACGCGGUAAUUGGGGGAGUAUACGUGAUGCGGUUCGCAGUAGGGGCGAGUCUCACCGAAAACUGGCACGUGAUUUUGGCCUGGAAGGUGGUGCAGGAGCAUGCAAAUGCGCUGCUAACGACGCCGUGAACGGAGGAGGCAUGAACUUCCUCUCAGCCUCGUCAAUUACGUACCCCGCAAACUUUAUUCUGCAUGCAAUAUACUGUUCUUGUCGUUAUUGUUGUUAAUUAUAGGGCAAAAGACAAUUUUCGUCCCACAACU